AGCUGACUAGGUGUUCUACCCUGCUAAGUCAGAUUUGCAGGAUUUAAGCAAAUCUGCUAGAAUUCCUUGAUCUUACUCCUGUUCCUUACAGCUUGAGUAUUAUACCAGCUCUGGGUACGAUUGCUAUUAACUACCUCUAUUUUCAGGUUUUCACUGUAGAUCUCUUAUGGAAGAAGCAUUGAUGUUUCAGAUGUUUUUUAUGGAGAGUAGUCCUGCCAGUUCAGGAGAAAUAUGCUGAAUUCCAGAGAGCCAAGAGCAUUAUAGAAGAUGGUGCUUCUUGUUCAGAACAAUCAGUACAGAAGGACUCUGCAGAGAAUCAUAGACUUACAGAACUGCUUAUAUCAGGGCAUGGAAGAGGCGUCCCACUCCCUCCGGUGCAGAGCAGCUAGUGCCCUGCUCUCUGGGAAAAACAGCUGCAGAUCCCGGGGAGACGGCAGUCGCUGAGCCCAGCAGCUGAACGAGAGAAUGUGAUGCUUGAAGAAGCUUCUGGCCACGUUUUACAGGAAGGAUGGAGAUCCCGAAAGUACUCGGGGUCCUGGUAGAGCUGUUGAGUCUGUUAUCCUGUCUCAGUUGCAUGGAGGCUUUCCUGGGAUCCCAGCCCAACCAAAACCAUUUGCAGAGUGCAGUGUCCAGCGUGUGUGGUGUCGGACCUCUGGGGUAUUACAAUGGCUCACUGGCAGUCACUGAGGCUGGGGCAGAGUGCCUCAACUGGGCAGAGUUCCCUGAUUAUGUUCAGCAGUACCCAGACCGUGGCCUGGGGGACCACAACCACUGCAGGAAUCCAGACGGGGGAACUACACCCUGGUGCUUCUACCGGCUUGCGUCAGGGGCCAUCGGCUGGGCUAACUGCGACUGUAACCAAGGUGCUGUGCGGUUGGCUGAAGAUAGCAGUGUGGAGCUGUACUUCAGUGGACUCUGGGGCGCCAUCUGUGCUGACCACUGGACUGACUGGGAUGCCAGUGUUGUCUGCAGGCAGCUAGGUCUCAGUGAGAUCGGCACAGCCGGGAAGAAGAGCCAUCCUGGACUGUGGCCUGUUCCCCUGCACCUGCAGUCAGCAAACUGCCAUGGGGAUGAGAAAGCCCUGCUGCAGUGUGGCUACCGGGAAGCUGUGUCAGGAGCUUGUAAGCAGGGGAGUGCUGUGGUAACAUGUGUCCCUCCAGAAGGUGUAGGUGCCCCGCUACGUUUAGUUGGGGGAAAGGAGAGCUUUGAAGGACGAGUGGAGGUUUACCAUGAUGGCAAGUGGGGUACCAUCUGUGAUGACCAGUGGGACGACCGGGAUGCUGAAGUAGUUUGUAGACAGCUGGGACUCAGUGGGAACCCAAGAGCCUUGUCAUGGGCUCACUAUGGGCAGGGAUCUGGCCCAAUCCUGUUGGAUGAAGUAGAGUGCUCAGGCAAUGAACUCUCGCUUGACCAGUGCAAGAAGAGUGACUGGGGAAGGCAGAACUGUGACCACAUUGAGGAUGCUGGAGUCUCAUGUGACCCUUUCACAGAGGGCACUGUCAGGCUGGCUGGUGGCCGCAGCCCCAGUGAAGGCAGAGUGGAAGUUUAUUACAAUGGAGACUGGGGCACAGUUUGUGAUGAUGGCUGGACAGACCUCGGUGCCCAGGUGGUCUGCAGGCAGCUGGGCUUCAGUGGUCCUGCUACUCUGGCCUCUGAAGGGGACUAUGCUGCUGGCCAAGGCUUUAUCUUACUGGACGAUGUGGCUUGUGUGGGGACAGAACUGUCUCUCCUGGACUGUCCCCACAGCAACUGGGGGCAGCAUGACUGCUCACAUGCUGAGGAUGUGGGAGUCCGCUGCUCCCCUGAAUGUAACACAGUCAUGGAUGGCAGCCUGGGACCUCCUGUGCGGUUGGUGGAUGGAGAAAGCACCAAGGAGGGACGGGUUGAGGUAUUCCUGAAUGGGCAGUGGGGCAGUGUCUGUGAUGAAGGCUGGACAGACAGAGAUGCUGCAGUCGUUUGCAGGCAACUGGGAUUCAGUGGUACAGCAAAAGCCAGGGCAAUGGCUUAUUUUGGUGAAGGCCAUGGGCCCAUCCAUCUGGACAACAUAGAAUGCAGUGGCAUGGAGCACACCCUGGGGCAGUGUGUCAGGCCUGACACCAGGAUUCACAGCUGCUGGCACAGUGAGGAUGCUGGUGUGAUUUGUGACUAUGUGGAAGAGAAGGUCCAAGACAUCAGAAGAACAGGUCCAGAGUCUGGUGUGUGUGGGAUGCGCCUGCUUCACCGUCGCAAGAAAAGGAUCAUAGGUGGAAACAAGUCUCUCAGAGGUGGUUGGCCAUGGCAGGCCUCACUACGGCUGAAAGGUUUUCAUCAAGAUACUCGUCUGUUGUGUGGAGCUACAUUGAUCAGCAGCUGCUGGGUAGUGACUGCAGCCCACUGCUUCAAAAGGUUUGGCGUUGAUGUGCGGCGCUACGUGCUGCGGGUGGGCGAUUACCACACAGGCGUGAAGGACGAGUUUGAGAGGGAGCUGCCCGUGGAGCGGAUUGUCCUCCACAGGAACUACUGGGCUGGCAGCAAUGAUAAUGACAUCGCCCUGGUCCGGAUGCGGGGCAGAGAGGGGCAUUGUCUCUCCUUCAGUCGUCAUGUUCUACCUAUCUGCCUGCCUGAUAGGAAAGAGAAGUCUGACAUCAACAGGCAAGCCUGCAUCAUCUCUGGCUGGGGAGACACAGGGAAGUCCUACUCCAGAACCCUGCUGCAGGGGGUGGUGCCUCUUCUCCCACGGGAAGACUGUGAGGUCCGUUAUGGGCAGAAGUUCACUAACCGUAUGAUUUGUGCUGGGAACCUUUCUGAAGAUAAAAGGGUGGACAGCUGCCAAGGUGACAGUGGAGGGCCACUCAUGUGUCAGAGGUCAGAUGGACGCUGGAUCAUUUUGGGGAUCACUUCCUGGGGCUAUGGCUGUGGUCGGAAAGAUUCCCCUGGUGUGUACACAAAGGUCAGCAAAUACGUACCCUGGAUCAAGAAAGUGACAAAGCUAAAAUGAAAAUGAGCUGUAGCAACUUCAAGAUAUGAUCCUUCUACCCUGCAGCAGCAGAAAGCUACAGCUUCUGGCCUAUGACUGACUGGAGAUUUAUUUUGUCCUUGGACCCUGGAAAAGACUUUAAUGUAGAACUGGGAGAAAAAGUUAUGGCUGAUUCUUUAGCGUCUUUGUUUUUACUUUAGUCUGUAAUCUUUGAGUAGAGAAAGCAAGUGCACUCCGGUAAGAAUGAUAGGUCUAUGUUGCUCUGACUAUCCAAGUCCUGUAAUAUAAUCACACUUUGUCCUUUGCCCUGGCACAUAGAAAUAGUAGAAGUGGAGAGAUACCUGCCUCUGCAAAUCUAUUUCUGUUUCUGUAUGUUCGCACACUUGAAAAAUGUUGCAAGGAGAGGUGAGAUGCUUGGAUGGCAUCAGACUCUGACACAGUGGAAAUAUUCAGAUAUUUUUUCAUAACAGCUCUCUUCCAUUCCAGAAAUCAGAAAAUUUGACCUGAGAAACAGGCCAAUAGUUGGAGGUUUUUUUUCUUGGAGGUUUUUUUCCUUCUCUGUUAUGUCUCUAGGGGGAACCUUCUCCCUUCUGAAUAGUAGGUCUGCUCCCAUAUGAUCCCUUCAAAGCAUUUGUCCCUGCUAAGAGAUGCUUGUCCUUCCUGCUCUAAUCCUGUAUCACACAUCCAGCUGACAGAUGCUAUGGUUUUAUUGCUGCUUUCUAAGUAUAGUGGUUCUUUUGUGUUUGUUUUUUUUUUUUUUUUUCUUUUUUUUUUUUCCCUUAAAGCAGCAUCUGCUAGAAUCAGUUGUUGGUAUGAGAGUGAAUCUUCAUUUUUAAGAGACAAUAGCUUUCUUGCCCUCAUGAUUAGUAAAACGAACUUAAAUAUGUGACCUUAAAAGGCUGAAUAGACACGUUAUUUUUUUUAAAUCCAAAUGUAAUGUUAAUCUCAAACAUUCAGAUACUGAGUCAAAAUUUAACAACACUGCGGGGAGUUUCUCUUGGAACCUUAGUCACCAUAGUAAUUACCUGUCCUUUAUAUGUGAUGUUAGUCUUUAAUAUCCCUGCGUUCACAGUUCACCCAUGAAACAUGGAAAUACUCCCAGGGUAUAGAUAUAGAACAAACACAGGGAAUGAGUAAUUUGCUUGAGGUGUACAAUAGUGUGCUGCAAAGCAGCUUCCCACUUUCCCGAAGUGUGUCCUAUUCUUGCAACCUCUGGACAAUGCUUCCUCUCUUCUCUUCUUUGCACUAUUUCUCUUUUCAUUCCUCUCAGUGGGAGUAAAUUGGCUUGACUCGAGGGUAUGCAAGCAGUGCCAUCAAGCUGUAGUUCUCAGCCUGAACAUUAAUAGUGCUGAGAGAAAGCAGCAGUUGCCGAAUGCUUCGAUUUCUUCCUUCCCCCUCAUCCAAAUAAGUGAAGAGUUUUCUCUUAGGCCUUAAUCACUUUUGUCAGUUAAAUUAUUAUUCUUGAGUAGGUAGAAAAAUAUAAAAAUAGGCAGGCUAAGUGCAUUAACAGUUGUGCAGUGCACAGUGUGUUGUCACUGUGUAUAGAAAAGCCAGAGGAAAGGCAGGUCUGCUCAGGAGCAGGGGCAGUAAGCUUUGAUGUAGAACCAAGGACCCAAACAUGGAGUAGUUGUACAGAAUGGGACAUAUGGAAUUUGUGCCAGAUGUGCAUGUUUUGGGUUCGCUUAUGCACUGUUGGGUAGGCAAUGACUGGGUCAGGCACUGGGCUGCUGCCUGGAAGAUCUGCACUAGAGGCACUGAGGUGUUCAGAACGUAGGUAUUACAAAGGCAAGAACAGACAAGACCACAGCCUGUGGGUUAGCAAUGCCAUAUUACAGGACAGGUGGUGACAGCAUCCUAGAAAUUGCCUUAGAUUCAAAAAGCAGUGAUUGCCUAAAGCUUUAAUUUGUCUUCUAUAAAACAGCCUAAUGUAAAGGUGCUGACCUGGCUAGGUGGCUGAUUUUUGUGUGUGCAUGCUAAACUAAGCAGUUCAAUUUACUCCCUCCAGGGAUUAUAGGACAGUUGGGUUACCAAUGCUGCAAUGGACUACAGUGGAAACUUUAUUUUAUAAAAGAAUUUAAGGAAUCUUGAAAACAUGCAAUGUCAGAACGCCUGCAAACUCUCCUUCAAGACAGAUCAGAUCUGUUAAUGCCUCUUCCUGAGGGGCUGAAUGUCUGCAGCGCUGCUUGUGCUGAUAACCCGGUUUGAAGUGCCAGGCGGAUCCUUCGGCAGCGCUGUGCUUGGCUCCACGCUGGGGGUGCUGUCCCACAGCUGCUCGCAGGGAGGCCCUAAGGUGCAAGCUGCAGACUUCUCUUUAUCUCCCAGGAAUUAAAAUGACAGAAGGACCAGGGCAAUUAUGUUACAGACCUCUGGUCUUCCAGGGGACUAAAAGCCAAAUUCCACACUGUCAGUCACAGUACCUGUCUGGGAAACAUUGAGGAACUGGGCUUCAGCCUCCCUCAAGCCAGCAUGCUACAAGAGCUCAAAUGAAGCUUCUGUGUCUUGGGUGCUGUCACAUCUUUAGUUUAACCUGGUAUGAUCUUUCAGCUUAUACUCAUAACCCCAACAGGCAUAGAAACAACCAAAGGAUUGAAGCUAUGAGGUUAUUUCAGUAAGUCCACUUAACUGGUUGCCUUUUAGAGGUUAGAAUAAAUUGCCAUGUAACAUGAGUGAGAUGCAGACCUGGCAUUGUCUUCUGAAAUUCCCAUGUUAUAGGUCAAAAUAUUUCUUUCUUCUAGAUUUUGUCGCCAUUAAAGCUAUGGGAAUUCUCAUAAGUCCUGCAUGAGCCAGGAGGAGGGAAAGAGGUAUCUGAUCUUCACCGAAUUUUACACCUUACUGGUACUAUAGGCAAGCCUGCCAAUUGUCUCCUCAAUUGUCCUAGCCUGUUUCAGAGCACCACUCUUACUCUUUACUGUUUAAACUUGGACUGUGGCCCAAACCAAGCUCACAUUUACUUGAACUUCCUGGUUGGAUGAGCAGCACUCAACUGCCUAGGACUGCCUAGGUAUUUUGUACCUAAUAUUGGCCAGCAGGAGAUGUUUCAAAGGAUAAUAAGUGUGAAUUUGUAUAGAACAAGUUCUAACAGCCUUUCCUUUUGGAGAGUUUUGUUCUUGGCCCAUUUAAUUUACUUGCAUUACUACUAUUAUUAUUAAAAAUAGAAGUACUUGAUCCUUUAGGUGUUGUACAAACACUAUGUGCUAUCUUUUUGUGAUCCUUCUUUUUCUAAAGCCUGAACAUUUAUAUCACUCACUUUAAAAAAUAAUUUAAUGUAACCAGCCUUCAUCUUCCAGAAAAAUGUUAAAUCCCUUAUUUAAUCCAACUAAACUCUCAGCCUCAAUAUUUUCUGGCAAUGAGAACCAAUAUAAUUUUAUUCUCUAUAGCACAUAAUUUCUUUUUAUGGUUCCUGAAUUAACUGCCUUUUGUUUUCAUUGAAUCCCAUCUGUCCUUGUGUUCUCAGCUAUGUGAGGAAAUAAGGGGCCUGGCUUUAUAUUCUCUGAUGUCCAUUACUCUAGUGAUAGUUCCUUUUCUAAAACGGUGGCUAGGUAUGUCUAGGUAUCUGAUAACAUGCUGACUGUCUCCCCAUGUCCUCUCUUUCUGCUGGAUCUUUAAGCUUUGGUAGCCAGAACAGAAUGCAGCUUGCCAGGGGAGGCUGUGCCAUCUGCUGAUUAUUUCAAGUAUUAUUUUCUAUAGUAGGCAACGCUGUGUUUUCAGUGCUGCAUGAGUAUUAUCUAUGUAUGCUGGAGCUAGCUUUAAACUUACCAGUGUGGCCUUGGUGGCAGCCUAGCUGCAAGGGGAUGAAAACCUGCCAGGGUUAAUUCCCCCCAUGGCUCAGGAACAGCCCCUCUGAGCCCAGAGCCAAGGCUUGUAGCAGCAUAACGCAGCUCUGGGCAGGGAGCACCUGAAUAGCAGGGUAGACCUUUGCCUGGGCUGACACACCUGUAAGGCUGAUACAGUCCUUCUUUGCAGCAUUGGUCUGUUGGAUAAGAUUAAUGCUCAUACACUAUUUCCAGGAGCUGAGAGCUGGUGGUGGCUGUGCUGUGCAAUGUGGAUGCUGUGAAACAAGUUCCCAUAGCUGUAUGGCACAUGCUGGUUGUGUGAGAAAGGGAAUGUCACUCUGACUGCGAGCAUUGGCAGAGUAGACCCAUGGCUAUAGUAAGGGCCUACAGAGCAGCUCUUAGAGCUCAGGGUAUUCCUCUUUGAAGGAAUACCCCAGUGCUCUGCAGAGGCUGACCCAGUGCUGGUGUCUUCCUGAUCUGCAGAGCCUGCAUUGGUUCUCUUACGAGCCCUGUCCUGACACCAGUCCAGGCUUUGGCUGGCUGAACCUGGAUUAAAGAUUUAUUCAUUUCCUGUAGCUGAACACUGUUCUGAUGAUUUCCAUGAAUUAUGUUCUAUGCUGUAAUUAAUCAGGCAGCUGUUUAUUAAUCUGAACAGGAUGCCAAUUACCCUUGUAAUCCUUGUACCCUUGUAGCAGAGAAUAACAGAUCGGUUCCUCAAAUAUAUUAGUGGAGGCACUGGUGAGAAACCAGGAACAUGAAUAUUUGCUAUCUCAGGGGCAAAAUAGGUGGGCCUGCCUUUUGUCUGUCUUCCUUUCUUCCUGAAGUCUCUUCACCCCAGAAAAGAGGUGCAGUGAUCCAUCAACCCCUUGAAGACAGAUUUUUAUGUGUAUAUUCAGCAGUCGCAUGAAACCACAGUGUGGUAUUUAACACCAUGUUGAUAGAUUUGCUGGGAUUUUGAAGGAACAGAAUGGCCCAUGUAGGUAACCAACUUGGGACCACUCCUUGUGGAAUGAGGCAUUGUGACCCAGACUGAUGCACAUCUUGUGGGCUGUAUUUUUAUAUGCUAAGAAAAAUAUUUAAUUCCCUGUAUCAAGGAGAAGCACUCACUUGUGUAGUAGCCCACUCAGUCCUAUUAAAAUCCCUUUCUACAAACCAGAGGCUGAGUAUCUCUGAAAUCAAUCAAGUGCCAAAACUGUCAUGUCAUCUGGAUUAACACAUUGCUCACAAGGUAUGCUAAUAAACAAAUUACACUGUGA